AAGCUGGAACCCGGAACCCGAAGGAAAGUAGAUACACAGUAUAAACCACAGACAUGGACAGCAAAAGUACAAGUGUAUCCAUUGGGAAAUUCCCAUUUGAUUAUACUGAAGAACAGGUUUUAGAAAUCGCCAAGUCAGUAGGCCCUGUGCUCGAUGUCAAACUUUUGUUUGAUGACCUUACUGGUAAAUCUAAGGGAUACGCCAUCAUAAACUACGCUGAUAAUGAAACUGCUGCUUCGGCAGUACGAAAUUUGAACUAUAUGACGUUACCCAAUGGACGAUUCCUUAAAUGUUCAUUCAUUAGUGAAUUCGAGAAUGAAACUAUUGCCAAAUUACCGCCAUUACCCUUGGGUAUACAAAUCCAUCCGAACCAAAAUGCAUCCCAAGUCAUUUCUAGCAUAUUGUCUAAUAUCGAUUCACAAGCUGCAUUGCAGAUCAUGAAAGAGAUUAGAGAUAUGAGUGUGGACAAUCCUAAAUCUACAAAGUUGUUACUAGAACGAUUUCCUCAAUUGGCCCUUGCGUUGGUCGAACUUGGUAUGAUUUCAAACACAACCAAUCAAGAAUUAAUUGAGUUGACGUUGAAUAAACGAAUUCCCGACCUUAAAGAACUUUCGUAUGAUCAUGUCAGGUUAUUACAUGCAGUCAACGAUUUGAGUGAUUCAGAUAUAACUACCUUGGAUGAACGUCAACAAGAGAUUGUUAAGAAAGUCAAAGCAGAAAUAGAAAAGGGAACGUAUGGUGAAGUAUUAGAUAGUGCCGCUUGAUAUAGACAUGCAUAACUGUAAUCCUGCACGAGCAAUCAGCUAACCUCGGUAUUAGUCAACAACAAGCCACCUUCCAUGUUCACCCACCCAACAAGUAAAAGAAAUCAGAUAUUUUUAAGGUGCGGAGUUAUACGAGUGACUGCUUGUAAAAUUUCUUGGACCACUGUUCUAGACGUGGACAAGGAAAGAACAGCUGUAUAACAUAUGAUUAGAUAUAACGAUUACAAAUUCAUAGUACAAGAAAUGACUUAAAAUUAGUC